GGGUGCGCGCGCAGAGAGCCUGCGUAGUCCCCUACACUUCACUGGUUCACGUUCAUCAGCCGUGUUUUUAUCGCGGGGCAUCUGACUGGCCGGCCGACUGAGAGGCGCACCAUGAACCUGCAGGAGCCGCUCGCCGCGGGGGGACCAUGCUCAUCAUGAGUCGCUCGCCGGGCAGCAGGACUUGAGACCUGCGAUUUAUCUGAAAUUGUCCCUCAUAGUACAACCCAGAAUUUCCUCCACUUCUGUCACCUGGAAUUGCUUCAACACUAGAACUAAUCAUGCUGUGGAAAACGGGACUGAUUUUUCUGUGCUGGGGCUUGACGUCCGGGGAACUCCAGGACAGGCAGUCCGGUGCUACUCCAGCGCAGAGAACUUUGGAUUUCGGCUUCGUCCCCUCCGGAGUUUACGAUACCGUCGCCUAUUACGAGCCUGGGGCCAUUGGGAUUUUAUUUAACAUGAUGCACGCUUUCCUUUAUGUGGUUCAGCCAAACCCGUUUCCUGAAGAUCUCGUCAUUAGAGUGGCAAAGGAUAAAUUCGGAGCCAUACAAUCCGAGUACCAGAAGCCAGAAAACAUUGUUCUGACGCUACAGGUGAUUUAUUAUGAGAUUGGUUUUGUGGUGUGCACGGCACUGGGCCUGCUGUUCACCGUGCUGCUGCCGUUGGUGGGGCUUCUCUUUUGUUUGUGCCGCUGCUGUGAUAACUGUGGAGGAGAAAUGCACCAGAGACAGCGGAAGAACGCGGACUGCCUUAGAGGAUUGCUGACCACACUGUUACUCACCACCACCUUCAUUAUCACGGCAGGGGUCCUUUGUGCAUAUGCAGCCAAUCAGAACCUGAGUUCCCAGCUGAAGAGCAUGAGGAGGCUGGUGAAGAGUAACCUGAAAGACCUGCACACUUUCGCCAAUCAGACCCCUGCACAAAUUGAUUACCUGAUCUCUCAGUAUGGCACAGUGAAGCACCAUGUGCUGUAUGACCUGGAGAAUGUAGGUCUGCUCUUGGGUGGAAGGAUACAUGAGGAGUUGGGAAAAGACGUGCAGCCCGCCCUCGACGCGGCUCUCAGCAUGACUGGAAUUAAAGUGGAGAAAUCCAUUAAAGCAAUGCGAGACACUAAGGAUGCUCUAGAGAAUGUGAGUUUGACGUUGGAGACUUUGCAGGAAGGAACAGUCAAACUGCAGGCUAACCUCAGCCUGGUGCGCGGAAGCCUUAGCAACGCCCUUAAUGAUCCUGUCUGCACAGACGCACGCUCAUCUGAGAUUUGUCACAACAUACGUAGCACCCUUCCCAGACUAGAAAUUGCAGCCAACUACUCAUCGUUGCCUGAUGUGACCAACCAGUUAGACAAAGUGAAUGAAGUUCUAAAGACGGACCUCAGCCAGAUUGUGGAAAAGGGCUUUACAUCAUUCAAUGACACUCCCACCUUGGUAACAGAUCAAACCCGAAAUAUUGUGGAAGGGGUGAAGGUUCUGCUGGAUGACAUUGGAUCAAACAUCACCACUUUCAGCAAGCUCUUCCUGGUUCACAGCUCUCUGACCAACUUCACCAAAAUGAUCUCUCACACACACUCACAGAUUGAGGACAUCUACCCUCAGGUUGAUCAGAUGGAUUUCUACAGAUGGAUCUGUUGUAUUACCCUGUGCUGUAUGGUUGUGCUCAUCCUCGCCUUCAAUUUUCUGGGUUUGUUGUGUGGUAUUCUGGGAUUCGACAGGCAUGCAACUCCAACCACACGUGGUUGUGUCUCUAACACAGGAGGCAACCUGCUCAUGGCUGGUGUGGGCUUCAGCUUCCUGUUCUCCUGGGUGCUCAUGGGAGUGAUAACAGCUCUGUUUUUGGUGGGUGGGAAUCUAGAAAAGCUUGUGUGUGAACCCUUUCAAACCCGACAGCUGUUUAAGGUGUUAGAUACGCCCAACCUGGUCAACUCUGCUUGGAGAAACUUCAUACCAGGAUACCUGUACAAUGACCCUGAGAUGGACCUUACAGCAUAUUCUCUCUACAGUAAUUGUAAGGACAACAGAGGGAUUUACUCAGCUCUUCAUCUGGAUAAGAUCUUCAACAUCUCAGCCUUCUUUAACACUAGUGUUUACUCCAAGGAUGUGUCAAGGAAGUUUGAAGGGUUGAAGGUGGACCUGCGUGACAUCAUUCUUCUGGAGUCAGAAGGCAAACAGAAUCUCAUCAGUUUCACUGAAACUGGGAUUAAUGAGAUUGACUUUGCUGCCUAUUUGGAGGAGGUUAAUAAAGGAGUGACUCGCAUUCAUCUAGUUGAUUUCGCUAGUCAACUUGAUGCUCAAGCUGAUCAGUUGUCUAAAGGGACCUUGCAGACCUCAUUAAAGGGACACGCUAAUACUAUAAGGCAGAUCCACAUCCAGCAAGUCAUCCCACUGGAGCAGUCCAUGAAAUAUGUGAAAGCAAGGAGCACACUUAAUCAGAGCAUCAGAUUUCUGGAGAGGACGUCCUCAGACCUGCCUGUCAGAGUUAGUGACGUAUUAGCAGCCGUUGAUGCCACCCAGUUCCUAAUUUCACACAAUGCAACAUUUGUGGUCAAUCAGGAAACAGAGAAAUACAAGCAGACUAUUAUUGGCUAUUUCAAGCAGUAUAUUGACUGGAUCAGAACGUCUCUGGCCCUGGAGGUCGCUACCUGUAAACCACUCAGCAACAUUGUGGACACGGCCGAGAUCCUAGGCUGCAGUUUCCUGCUGGAUUCAAUGCAUCCCUACCUAUGACACUAUGACUCGAUUCCCACGGGCCUCUGCGCCCCCGCGCCAUGCCGACUGGUGACUCUGAGGAGGACAGUCUGUUUUGUAACUACAGAAAGGUACUGAGAGCUGCAAAUGAGAGCAAAUGGACUUGAUCUUUCUCUUUAUAACAAGCACUCCUCCUGUCCAAAUUAAUUACAUAGCUAUUUUAGUAUGCAUUUGUUUGAUUGCCUAACAUUUUCACUUCUGUAUCCUCUAUUGACAUGCACUUUAAAAUAUUUGUUUUGUUUUUUUCUGUCAUUACACCAACAGCAUGUUUAGUUUUUGCAUCCCAUCUUCAGAAGCAUUCCACCAGGAUAACUGCUGACAGCUCUGCAAAGCUUUGUGUGAAUUGUGUUUUUUAGGGUCCAUCACUAACCACUCGCUCGUAUCAUUGUGAUCCACCCAUGUUUGACUUCAUACAUUCCUGACAGCUCUGCAAACAGAUAGAUGUCAGCGCUCACUGUGUGUUUUAUUUCUUUCCCUUGGUCUAAAAUCUCAUCUCCCCUCUCAUGUCUCAUGUGCACCAGUUCAUUCGUAUCAGUCUUUGCCAUUUAUCAUUCAUUUUGAAACUGUGCAGCGUGUGUAAUUCUGCGAUAUUCGUUUCUUUUCU